GCUGUCCAUAUGCGUCAUCGCUGCGCGACGACGGCGGGGGGGGGGCCUGACCCGGAAAGAUUUGUGUUUCACUCACAUGUGGACAGGGUAUUAAGACUAGUAACGGGAACGUGCUUAUGUGUUGUGAUACAACCUCAGAAAGACAAGCGCGUAAUGAACCUCACAGUUUGCGUUAAUAACAGAAAAUCAGUAUACCUGUUUAUUGACCGCGCGAGCUUGUUUCAGCUGUAGAUUGCUUCUCCACAAGCGACAAAUGAUAAGAUGGAAAAUUUAGAAUUGAGCCUGUCAUCACUUGGCACCAUAUCCAGACAUGUUGACAAAAGUCACAACGAACUCAGCCAAUAUCUGUCAAAACAGAUAUGGAGCCAGCAGGACAGACAGUGUAUUCUGGGGUGUUUGACUCAGCUGCUGUUGGAGAAGGACUAUACUUUGCUGAUUGCACGGCACCUGCGACCACUGAUUCUGGACCUGUUGGAGCGCAAUGCAGAGAGGGUCAAAGCUGGUGGCAGGAUCAACCAUGACCUCCACGAGCGCCUGUGUGUGGCCCUAAGCAAACUCCUCAGCAUCAGUCCAGAUGCACAGGCGUUUGCUGCAAAGUACUUCAACAGUGCCCCCCCAGUGUUUCAGAGGCUCUUCUUCACCAGUGAAGAGUCAUCAACUGUUCAGUAUGGCCCCAGGAGGAUGAAGAUGCGUGACCUCAUGGGUGCCACCCUACGUUUCCUCCAGAGUGACCGUGCCAAGUUUCGAAUGCUCUGGGACUGGAGUCCCUGUGUGUCCCAGCUGCUCACCAGUGACGUCAUGGUUCGAGGGUACACAGCCCAGUGUUUAGCACUGGUCUCUCAUAUGACUGAUAAUCAGAAAACCAUCUUUCUCAGAAAGGUGCUGACAAAUGAUGAGAUCCUGCACAUGAAAAUUAAAGCUUUGGAGGAAACUCAGCAGCUGGAGGUAGAAAAGGCCCUGGUGUUAGCCAAUCAAGGUUCUGUGAUGUGGCGCCAGGAGAAAGCUAAUAAGUUUACCAGGGGCCAAGUGGUAUCAGAGGACCUUUCCGAGAAUGUUGUAGCAGUCUUUGGUGUUGUACUACCCAGGAUAGUACCUAGACAGGCUGAAAAGAUGAACCAAAAGGAUCUGGUGCUGGUUGACUCAACAUGCCGUAAUCUGAGAAGACUGGCAUUGGCAGUAGCUUCCCAAAAGCCUGUCCUCCUUGAGGGUCCUAUUGGAUGCAGUAAAACUGCCUUGGUAGAAUUUAUGGCCGCUAUCACAGGACAUACAAAAGCUACAGAUAUUCUCAAGGUCCAACUUGGGGAUCAAACUGACAGCAAGAUGCUGCUUGGGAUGUACUGUUGUACCGAUAUUCCAGGGAAGUUUGUGUGGCAGCCAGGAACACUGACACAAGCUGUAUCUAAAGGCCACUGGAUCCUCUUGGAAGACAUUGACCAUGCACCUCUGGAUGUGAUAUCUGUACUCCUACCUUUAAUGGAGAAUAAAAAGCUGAUGAUUCCAGGACGGGAGGAUUGUAUCGAUGUUGCACCUGGAUUUCAGUUCUUUGCAACAAGAAGGAUGUACUACAGUGGUGGCAGUUGGCACAAGCCACAGAACUCUCAUGCAGCACUGCUGGACAAGUACUGGACCAAGCUGCAAAUGGGCAACAUGACAAGAGAAGAGCUGAAGAAGGUGCUCAUCAGCAGGUAUCCUAGGCUGACAGUAGUGACAGACCGUCUGCUGGAUAUCUACUGUCAGCUAACUGGGGAGAGACACUCUGACUCGGACACAAGCAUUCUCCAAAGCCCUGACGACACCCAGCAGCACAAGUCUGAGAACAAAAGCACACUGCUGGAUGGAAGAGCCCUGUCACUGAGGGACCUACUGAAAUGGUGUGAGCGGAUCUGCAUCAACUUUGAUAGUACCUCCUCUGCCACAGCACAACAUGUCUUCCAAGAGGCUCUUGACUGCUUCACAGCCAUGCUCUCUCAUCCUGAAAGUCGCCUGCGAAUGGCUGAGAUCAUCGGAAGCAAGCUCAACAUCUCCAAAGAAAAGGCCCAGUACUUUUCUCAGAAAUAUCAGCCUGGCAUCUUGCUGACUGAGCUGGAGAUUUCAGUGGGCAGAGUAACUCUGGGUCGAAAGCAGAGUGAAGCGGUGCAGCUGAGUGUGGACAACCAGAUGUUUGCUGCCACUCGACCCUCUGCUGUGCUGCUGGAACAGCUGGCGGUGUGUGUCCUCAAGAGAGAGCCUGUUCUUCUGGUGGGAGAGACAGGAACUGGAAAGACCUCCACUAUACAACACCUGGCCAGAGUUACAGGAUACAGGUUGCGGGUUGUGAACAUGAACCAGCAGAGUGACACUGCUGACCUGCUCGGAGGGUACAAGCCAGUAGACCACAAGCAGAUCUUGCUCCCUCUGCGGGAGGCCUUUGAGCACCUGUUCUCUCAGACCUACUCAAGGAAGCAGAACCUGACCUUCCUGGGUCACGUUCAGACUUGCUUCAGGGAGAAGCGCUGGAAGGAUCUGCUCAGACUCAUGGACCAUGUUUGCAAGUCUGCUCUCACUAAGGAGCUGCAGGAGAAAUCAAAUGCUUCCUUGAUGCAGGAGCAGUGGGAGGCGCUUGCUGCAAAACUGAGUCAGACCCAGCAGCAGAUCCGAGCUUGUGAAACUGCCAUGGUCUUUGCUUUUGUGGAGGGAACAUUAGCUCAGGCGGUGAAGAAGGGUCACUGGGUCUUGCUAGAUGAGAUCAACCUGGCAGCAGCAGAGACCUUGGAGUGCCUGAGUGGACUCCUGGAGGGCAGCACUGGAUCUCUGGUGCUGUUGGACCGUGGGGACACUGAGCCCUUGGUUCGCCACCCAGACUUCCGACUGUUUGCCUGUAUGAACCCAGCUACUGAUGUGGGGAAGAGGAACCUGCCUCUGGGCCUCAGGAACAGGUUUACUGAGCUGUAUGUGGAUGAGCUGGAGAAUGAGGGAGAUCUGCAGAUUCUGGUCUCAGACUACCUUAAGUGUUUGAAUCCACAUAGGAGUGUCAUCAGUGGCAUCAUAAGUUUUUACCUCGCAGUACGAAAGGAGGCUAACUUGCAUCUAGUGGAUGGGACAGGGCACAAACCCCACUACAGCCUCCGGACUCUGUGCAGAGCACUGAAGUAUGUGUCCGCAAACCCCUGCAUCAGUGUACAGCGCUCACUCUAUGAGGGCUUCUGCCUGAGCUUCUUGACUCAGCUGGACAGAAGCUCCCAUCCUCUGGUCCAGAAACUGGUGUGUCAGCACAUUCUGAUGGGAAACACCAAGUGUCUCAAACAACCCAUACCAGCACCCCCAGGCCAGCCCUGUGUGGAGAUAGAGGGCUACUGGGUGUCCCAGGGGGAGAUGGAGCCAGCUCUAGACCCGAGCUACAUCCUCACUGCCUCAGUCAAGCUCAACCUCCGUGACCUCGCAAGAGUGGUAUCUACAGGGACUCACCCAGUACUGAUCCAGGGAGAGACGUCUGUGGGGAAGACCAGCCUAAUUUGCUGGCUAGCUGCAGCCACGGGCAACCAAUGUGUGAGAAUCAAUAACCAUGAGCACACCGACAUCCAGGAGUACAUGGGCUGCUAUUCAUCAGAUGACAGGGGCAAGCUGGUGUUCAAAGAGGGCAUUCUGAUCGACGCCAUGAGGAAAGGCUACUGGAUCAUCCUGGAUGAGCUGAACCUCGCCCCCACUGAUGUCCUAGAGGCUCUCAACAGACUGUUGGAUGACAACAGGGAGCUCUUUGUGGUAGAGACCCAGGAAGUCAUCAAGGCUCACUCCAGAUUCAAGCUGUUUGCUACCCAGAAUCCCCCUGGUCUCUACGGUGGUAGAAAGGUGCUCUCCAGGGCUUUCAGAAACCGCUUUCUGGAACUGCACUUUGAUGAGCUGCCUAGUGGAGAGCUGGAGACCAUCCUCAACCAGAGGUGUCGCCUGCCUCCAUCCUACUGCACCAAGCUGGUCAAGGUCAUGCAAGACCUUCAGUCCUUACGCAGGGGAUCAUCUGUGUUUGCGGGGAAACAUGGAUUCAUCACCCUAAGAGAUCUGUUUCGCUGGGCAGAACGAUACAGGCUGGAGGAGCAGACAGAGGCCUCUCAGGACUGGCUGCAGCAUUUGGCUGAUGAUGGAUACAUGCUGCUGGCAGGACGUGUCCGGAAGCUGGAGGAAGAGGCCACCAUCUUGUCCAUUCUGGAGAAGCACUUCAAGAGGACAGUGAACCCUGAGAACCUGUUCUGUCAGAAACAGGUCACCACCAGGUUCAGUCCCUUCAUCGACAGCAUUGCCGGAGUUCCAGAGGAGUUCCGCCAUGUGGUGUGGACACAUGGCAUGAGGAGACUGGCUGUGCUGGUGGGACGGGCACUUCGAUUCAGUGAGUCUGUCCUGCUCGUAGGAGACACCGGAUGUGGAAAGACUACAAUCUGUCAGCUGUUUGCUGCUUUGGCUGGACAGAAAUUUUUUUCAGUCAACUGUCACCUACACAUGGAGACGUCUGACUUCUUGGGAGGCCUUCGACCUGUCAGACCCAUACAUCAGCCGGAUGGUGAGGAUGGCAGGCUUUUUCAGUGGCUUGACGGUCCCUUGGUGCUGGCCAUGAAGGAGGGCGGAGUGUUCCUCAUGGAUGAGAUCUCCCUGGCAGACGACUCAGUGCUGGAAAGACUCAACAGUGUUCUAGAGACGGAGAAGUCCCUUGUGUUGGUAGAGAAGGGAAGUGGGGACAAUGACAAUGUGGAGAUGAUCAGAGCAAAUGCAGGUUUCCGUCUAGUUGCCACCAUGAACCCUGGAGGAGACUUUGGCAAGAAGGAGCUGUCCCCUGCCCUCAGGAACCGUUUUACAGAGAUCUGGUGUCCUCAGAGCAACAGCCGCAGUGACCUGGUUCAGAUCAUCCAACACAACCUGCGCUCUGGCCUCUCACUCGAUGGCGGCGAUAUCGCAGAGCUGAUGCUAGACUUCAUUGAAUGGCUGACCCAGCAGGACUUCGGCCGACGUUGCAUCCUGAGCAUUAGAGACAUCCUGUCAUGGGUUAACUUCCUUAACACUGUGUGCGAGCGGGAUGAGGAUGGCUUCAUGACCAUGGGAGCCAUGGAAGAUGAAGAAGAGGCAGAGUGGGACCUCAGAUUGGACACUGUUACUGCCUUCAUCCACGCUGCAUGUCUUGUCUACAUAGAUGGCAUUGGUUCUGGAACCACUGUGUCCUGUGCAGACAAUGUCCUCCUGGCUCGUCAGCUGUGUGUGAGCUUCCUGCAACAGCGGCUGAGCAAGAUGACCAAGCUGGAUCAAGAAAUGCUGGAUACCCUAAGAGUCUAUGACAGCAGCCUGCCACGGAAACCCCAGUGGGGUGAAGACUUCUUUGGCAUUGACCCUUUCUACAUUGCAUUAGGGCCUCAGACUGAGAGCCGUAACCUGUCAGAUUACGCCAUUGCAGCAGGCACUACCGCGAUGAAUGCCCAGAGGCUUCUGCGGGCACUGAAGCUGCAGAGGCCUGUGCUGCUAGAGGGCGCUCCUGGUGUGGGAAAGACCAGCCUGGUGGCAGCACUGGCAAAGGCAUCUGGGAACCACCUGGUCAGAAUCAACCUGUCAGAGCAAACAGAUGUAACUGACUUGUUUGGGACAGAUCUCCCGGUGGAGGGAGGGAAAGGAGGAGAAUUUGCAUGGCGGGAUGGCCCCCUUUUGGCUGCUUUGAAGGCAGGCCACUGGGUUUUACUGGAUGAGCUGAACCUGGCCUCUCAGUCGGUGUUGGAGGGUUUGAACGCCUGCUUUGAUCACCGAGCAGAGAUCUAUAUUCCUGAACUGGGCAUGAGCUUCCAAGUUCAGCAUGAGAAGACCAAGAUCUUCGGCUGCCAGAACCCCUUCACGCAGGGUGGUGGGCGUAAGGCACUGCCAAAAUCCUUUCUCAACAGAUUCACACAGGUCUUUUUAGACCAGCUCUCCAGCAAAGACAUGGAGUUCAUAGGAGACUCAAUUUUCCCCAGCAUUGAUAAGGAAAUCAUUUCCAAAAUGGUGGAGUUCAGUAACAGGCUUUUACAGGAGGUGUCUGUGGAACGACGGUGGGGACAGAAAGGAAGCCCCUGGGAGUUCAACCUGCGCGACAUGUUCCGGUGGUGUCAGCUGAUGCAGGCUGACCAGUCGCCAGGAUUUUUCAGUCCAGGCCAGCAUGUAGCUUUGGUUUAUGCUGACAGGUUGAGAACAGAGACUGACAAGGCACAGGUACUGUCUGUGUUCAGGAAGGUGUUUGGGGAGGACUUUGAGCCUUACAGCGGCUCCAGACAGUUCCACAUCACUCCACUCAACCUGCAGGUGGGCUUCUCGGUUCUGCAGCGCAGCGGCGGAGCCCCUGUGACCCUGGAUCCCCCGUUGUCCAUCACACACCAAGCCCUGCGGCCCCUGGAGUCCCUGAUGAAGUGUGUGGAGAUGGGCUGGAUGACAAUACUGGUUGGCCCCACAGCCAGUGGAAAGACCAGCUUGGUGAGACUGCUGGCUCUUCUGACAGGACACCGCCUCAGAGUUAUGGCCAUGAACAGCGCCAUGGACACCACUGAGCUGCUGGGAGGCUUCGAACAGACCAUACCGGUCUGCACUCUUUUUCUGCAUUCCCAGGUGGAUAUCGUUCGACCCUGGCAACAAGUGCUGGAAAGUGUGGACUACAUAGUUGCCAUGGUAAUAAGGCGGGGCUUGAUGUCAUUGGAUGUCGGCAUCCAGGACACCGAGUUUCUGCUGCAGACGUGGGGCCUGUUCUGCCACUGGCUGAAGGAGAAAGGGCUGCAAAAAACUGGGGGAAUGGUCGACUCAGAGGCUCUGAACAAGCUGGAGGUCAUCAUCCUUCUCCUGCAGAAACUCAACACCAAGCUCAAAGUCUUCACUGAUAUGUCCAAGCUGCAGAUGGACUUCACGCUACUUAAGGAACGUCUGGCCCAGCUGGAAGAUGGCUGGACAAACGGAGGCUUUGAGUGGUUGGAUGGUAUGCUGGUCCAGGCCCUGCAGGCUGGUGAUUGGCUGCUCAUGGACAAUGUUAACUUCUGCAGUGCCUCAGUCCUGGAUCGCCUCAAUGCUCUGCUGGAGCCUGGUGGAUCUCUCACUGUCAAUGAACGUGGCGUCAUAGACGGGAAGACCCCCCAAAUCACCCCACAUCCUAACUUCAGGUUGUUCCUGACUAUGGACCCUGUGCAUGGGGAGCUCUCCAGAGCCAUGAGGAACAGAGGGGUGGAGGUUUACAUCCCAGGGGAACAUGAGGUGGUCUGCUGGGACAAACUGGACCUGAAGACCCUGCUUCACACUGCUGGGGUGACUGGGGACUGUGUGUGUGAUCUGCUGAUUGAAAUACAUAAAGGCAUCAAAUCUGCCAUCUUGGAUUCCCCUACCUCAUCCCUGGCCUCCCUUCUCCAUGCUGCCACCCUGCUGUCCUGCCAGCUGCACAGAGGUGUGGAUUUGCCCAGCGCCCUGCAGCAUGCCUGCGGAGAGGCAUACUCCCUCUGCCAGCGCACCACUGCCAGCCAAAAGCAAGCACAGCAGGUGAUUGAGCAGCACUUGGCCAUCCUUGACACAGAGGACUGGGGCAGCGGACUGCUGUGUGCUGGGGUUUGGCCUGAUGGCUUUCCCUCCGCUCUCCUCUCCACGGAGGAUUCCUGCUUCUCCACUGUUCUCCGAGAUGGACAAGUCCUGUCAUUUUGCCUGAACACCCUCAGCCUGCAGAGCAAACGGAAUCGUCCACUGAGUUUGAGUGACCUGCAGAAGGCGUUGCAGAGCAGUGGUGUCCAUGAAGGCCUGGUGUUCUCUGAAGGAGUGGUGGAUCUGGAGGAAGGAGAUGCUCUGAGGCUGAUCCCUACAGCAGUCAGACUACUCACAGAGAGAGCCUCUCAUGGAGACUGGAUCCUCCGCAGCAGCUGGCUCUCACACCUGGGAAAGAGCUACAAAUAUGCUCCUGAUUCAGCGCUGGUCCAGGUGGAGGCAGGAAACAGGGCUCUCAAGGCUGUGUUUGGUAGCAAACUCGCUGCUAAGGGCAAGUCACUAGCAGAGUUGCUCCAGCCACACAGCAUAGAUGAAUACAGGAUUCUGGUGGACAUGCGCUGGAACAAACAAUAUCUGGAUAUUUUAGCCAAUAAAUGUAACUUUGAGGACGAGGAAAGAUACAUGGAGUUUCUGGAGGCACUGAACACAGUUGCCAACAGGAUUGUUCUGAUGAUGGACAGAGAGGAGAGGUCUGUCAUCUGCACCUGUGCUAUCAACCUGUCUGCUCAGAACUGUGCGCUGAGGAUUGCCACAGCCUUCAGCAAAGGGACUGUGGAUAUUGGUCAACUACCCCAUCCAGUGCUGAUGCACCUCCAGAACUUCUUUGACCUGUGGAACUCAUUCACCCUGCAGGCUGUGCAGAGUGGACAGCCCUACAUCUCAGACCACAUAAUGUUUGAGAUCCUGCAGUUGCUGCAGUGGCUUGAUCGUUUCUGGGAUGUCUGCAGCACACUGCCAGCUGACUCUCAGGGCAUCUCUGUGCUGUCUCUUCACUGGCAGUGGGUGCAGAAACACCUCAUUCUCAGGCUUCCACAGCUGCUGCUAGGAGACACUGACGCCACAUUUGAAGGUCACCAGGAGCUGCAGGUGGUCACCGCAGCCAUCCAGACUGUUCUGUCCAUCCCGGUGUCUGUGGCCACAGCACUGAAAGGCAUCCAGAAAACUCUGGGGAAAGCUCUGCCAUUCAAGUUGGAGUCAGUGGGUAAAUGUGCGUCUCGUCUGCGGCUCCUGAGUAAAGCCUUUGAUGUGAGCGAUCUGAAGCUGGAUGGCACCACUGGUCCUUGGAGGCAGGAGCUGGUCCGACUUCAGGGUGCUGGGCUCAGGCUGGACAUCAAAGAGAGUCUGCUGGAAGCCUGGGGCCUUGUUCUGCUGGCAAACAACCAACUGGAUCCACAGAAGUCUGGAGUGUUGGAGAGGUUAGUGUCGAGUGUAGAACAGCAGCAGCGUCAGAUGAUCUCCAGAGGUCUGGUAGAGGGCUACUCUAUAUCUGAGGGUGAGGAUCCAGUAGACAGAGUCCACCUGGCCAGAGAGGAGCUGCAGCAGCUCAGUCGCAGAGCCCAGCUCUGGCCCUUGAUGGAAGAGCUAGCUGUACUCAACCAGCUGAGACUCAGCACUGACCUUCUGCAUUUGGCUCUGUCUCCUGGGGAUCAGGAGGCAGAGGACAGCUUACGUCGGGAACUCUCCAGGCAUCUUCGUUACUGCCUCCAGUCCACACCAAUGAAUGUCAGUCAGCUCCAGCCACUCUGGUUCCUGCUCAGCAGUGACAGGCCAGGUGAGGAGCUGCAGUUUGUGUGGUGUGAGCUGCUGUCAGAGGCUCUGGCUGCCUUGUGGACCAGCUAUGUGACCUCAGACCCAGACCGCUGGCUGAAAUGGGAUCCACUGAAUUCUGAGACCCAGCCAGGUCCAAAGCUGCCCCAUGGAGCAGAUAAUAUGGGUCCAGCCCUGCUGAGUAAAGCAGUGUGGUCACAUUGCAUGCUGGGUGUACUCAUCAGCAGUGAGACUGGAGAUCAUUGGGAGCCAUCAGCAACUGCCCUUCUCUCCCUUUCCCAUGUCACCCUGGGGGAGUGGAAGGAGAGGAUCCAGCAGCUGCAGGAUGUGUCUGCAGUGUUGUGGGACAAUAUGGCAAUCCCUGCACUAGCUGAGUUCAGGGGUACAGACCUCAGACUCCAGGGCGUAAUCCUGCGUCGACAGCUUCAGAGCAUGGCAGACCUGCUGCCUCCCAGCCUGCAGGAGGGCUAUAUGGAGAGCUGUGAGAGUCUGGUGGAGGAUCCUGACCCUCUGAUAGCUGCCCAGGAGAUCCAGACAGUCUUCAGAGACUUCCUUCCUACCAGUCUGCUCCCUGACAGCCUAGUGGAGUCCUGCAUCACCUGCCUGCAGCAGUACGUCCAAAGCAAGGUCCAAGGCUCCAACCCGCUGGCCCACUCUGGAGUGUUCUGGGUCAACAUGGGCCUGCUGCAGAUCAAAGUGUGGACACCACAGACCAUUUAUGACCCAGCUAUGAAGAGGGCCUACAAACUCAACUACGCUCAGCAGGAGCUGGCUCUGCUGCAGGAGGAAUGGAGAGGACGCAGCCUGUCAUCUCAGCUAUUGAGUGGAGCAGAGCUGGAGGAGAGCAGCACCACUGAUGGCUUCCAGCAUCCUCGAAUCAGGUACCUUUGGAUUCGUAUGCAGCAGGUGAAGGAGCAGAUAGCGGAGCUCUCCAGGAAGCAGGCCUGUCGCCCUCAUGAACCCCAAUAUGGUCGACUCUUCCAGGAGCUCCAGCACUACCUCUGCAGCAUUGGCCAGGCAUCUAGAGUGGAAGACCUGCUGUCCCGCCUGCUUAAGUCCCUGCAGGACUCCUCCUCUAAAUCGAGGUCAAUGGUUCAGAGUCUGCUGAAGGAGGAGGCUGUGUGGCAGAACUCCCAGCAGCGCUUCUGUCAGAGGCUGCUGGAGGACUACCCCCUGUACCCUGACGUGGUUGGGCCUGUGCGGACCGGCAUCCUCCAGCUUCGGCACGGCAUGAGGCUGGUGGCCUCCCAGUUAGUCGCCCUGCUCACGCCUGUACCAGGUCUGCCCAAGCUGGUGUCCUGCCUUCUGGCCUUCCCCUCCCUGUCCCCCAGCCUACCAUCUUACCUUGCCCGGGCACACUACCUCUGCUCUACGGCUUGUAUGGACGUUCUGCACUGCCUGGUGAAACUUCUGCCCCAAGACGACCCUGAGCAUGUGGCCCCCCAGUUCUCCGCGCUGCUUCUGAAUGCUCUGCUGCAUGUGCAGUGCCACACCCUAUCCACAGGAGAAUUCAGCCAGGAGGCACGCAGCCUCUUCAGACACAUCUGUCAGGCUCUGGUGAACGAGUGGGAUGAGCAGGAGAGAUGGAGGAGAGAGCAAGAGCAGCUGGAGACCAGUCUGUACCGCAGCCGCACUCGACUGCACGGCUCAAGACUGACUGAGGAUGAGCAAGAGGAGAUGGACUUCAGAUGCCAGUUCCCCCAAUUCAACAAGGACUUUGCAGACAUCAUGUCCCAGCCAAGCCUAGAGGGUCCAGCAAACUCAGGGUUGGAGAAGGAGAAGAAAGCCCAGGAGGAGUCCAUUCAGAGUGGUUUCCUUACUCUGGCUGCUAUGAACAUGGUGGUUCAGGUGCAUCAGCAUCUUUGUCAGGGAUACGCCCGAUCAUUGUGGUAUCAAAGCACAGCAACAGCCAAUCACAGCAAAGAACCCAUUAAAGUCCUGGUCUCCUCCUAUCAGAUCGCUGCCCCUGUGAUAUCACACUUCUAUCAUCUGAUUGAUGCUGAAUUGGACCAGCAACUGACAGGCAGUGAACUGCUGCUCUCUGCCCUCCUCCAGAACACAGUGCAGGGCUCAGGGGCUCCUGAUGGUCCGGUUGUCACUUCGGAAGGACCUUAUGACUUCUAUCAGCAGCCCAACGUGAAGGAGGCCUGCCUCUGUCUCCCUGUUCUGGAGCAGCUAAGUGUGGCAGUAAAGCAGAGACUAGACAACUGGCCAGAACACCCUGCACUCAUACAGCUGACUGUGGUGAUGGAGAGGAUCAUGGCUUUCAGUCUGGCCAGUCCACUUGCCAAGUUCCUUAAUGGUCUUGAGAUACUGCUCAGUAAAGCACAGGACUGGGAGAAUAACGCCAGCCGCUCAGUCUCUCUGCGGAAGGAACUGGAACCAGUCACCCAGCUCAUAAUCCAAUGGCGCAAACUGGAGCUCAAUUGUUGGUCAAGCAGUCUGGACAACGCAAUGAAGCGACAAACAGAGAAAUCAACCAAACACUGGUUCUCUAUCUACCAACUGGUAGAGAGGUAUCUGGAGGAACAGAGGAUGGAGGCUAAUACAGAUGAGGAGGUGGAACACCUCUCCCUUUCCUCAGUGUCCUCCACCCUCCAGGCCUUCAUGGAGGGCUCUCCCCUGGGCGAGUUCCACACCCGCCUGGCCAUGCUGCUCAGCUUCCACUGCCAUCUCCUUCUGGUCCCCAGCCAGCUUGGACAAGAGUCUUUGUCCAGUCUUCUGUGGAACCUGCACAAAUACUACAGUCAGUUCUCUGACUGCAUUCAGACCAAAAUCAGUCAACUCAGACAGCCAAUCGAGAAGGAGCUCAAGGACUUUGUCAAGAUCUCCAAGUGGAAUGAUGUCAGUUUCUGGUCCAUCAAACAGUCAGUGGAGAAGACACAUCGGACUCUCUUCAAGUUUGUCAAGAAGUUUGAGGAGGCUCUGAAUUGUCCCAGUCUUCCUGAUCUGGUGGAACAGGGAAGCAGCGCAAGCUUAGACAGUGUAGACGCCAACCCAGAAGAAACCCCCAUCCAUCGAGUUCACCAGGCACUGAAGAGCACCCUGCCUGGGAGAGGCAGAGAUCUUCAGAAUGAGGGCCUGGAGGAAGGAGUUGAAGCGUCAUCUCUACAGCAACGUCUGCCUGCUCUGGCCAGGAAGAUGAAGAAAAUAUGUGUCCAGCUCCUGGAGAAAAACCCAGUGCCUGAGCUGGCUGAAGACCUGGACUGCUUUACUGGUGAAGUCAUUAGCAACCUGCGGGACCUGCAGAGCUUCACCAUCGACAUGUCAGCAGAGAAGGAGACACAAAAGGCUGAGGUCAAGCACAUCCUGCAGCAGAAGCAGAGAGCUCUGUCUGAUCUGUUCAAGAUGCUCACAGAAAUAGGUCUGUCGUACCGUAAAGGCCUGAUAUGGAACAGCACAGCUGACCCAGAGAAAACCCUCUCUAUGCAGCCGCUGGAGAUGAGCACCGCUCUUUCUGCUGUCAGCGACCAGGAGCAGGUCGAGAACAUGUUGUUUACAGAGCUGCUGACAGCAUGGGAUGGAUGUCAGAAGUACUUCUACCGUUCAUGGGCCAGGAAAAUGGCCCUACAGACUGCUCUCCAGCACCCUGCAAAGGAGCUGGGUCUGGGAAACGUAGAGCGUUGUAGAGGUUUCUCAUCUCACAUGUUCAAGUUGCUCCUCAGACAGAGGCGACGGCUGGCCAAACUCACCGAGCAGUGGGUCCAUCUCAGGAGGCUAACAAACAGCAUUCGGGUCAUCAAGGCCAACCUCCAGAGCCACAGUAAGGACCCAGGCUGUACCCUCCCGCCCCAGGCCUCUCUCCAUGGCUGGAUCAGCAGGGGCCAGGUGCUGGCUGCCCAGUGCACCAUCCUCCUGCAGCAGCUGGCUUGGCUGCUGCAGUGCUGCCCUGAGGACCUCCAGCAGAAAGAGGAGACAAGCAGCUGCAGGCAGUACACCCUGAGGUGCCCGUCCCCGCUGGCAGCACAGCGCCAACCCCCCGGCUGUCUGAUGAGAAGGGGAGACACCGCCUGGUGCCAGCUACACCAGUGUGUGACCGCAUUGUUGAAGCAGACUGAGAGCCUGAAGGUGGAGCUGGACACUGUGGCCCAUCAGACCUCUGAGAGAGUACUCUACACAUGGGACCAUUUUGUAACGUGCUGUUCAGGCUUCGACCAGCUGGAGGCUGUAGGGGCUCAGAUGUCCAGUGUGGAGCGGCUCUUCAUCCCGGCCAGGUGUGUUGGGAGUGCAGACAGCCAGCCGGCCAUCACACAGAGCCUGCAGUAUGUCAGAGGACAGUUAGAGGCUAACAUCACUGAGUUCACCACCUGGAAGACCCAGCUGCUCUCCAUGGGACACCAAAACAUAGAUCAUCCGUCUGCCUUCUGUACUGAGUUCUCUGCUGAGCUGGAGACAAACAUCAGCACAGUGCUGUGUGCUGUCCAGACACUUGUGAAGAGAAGGGAGACACAGCAUCAAAAAGAGCAUCAUGGAGCUGUCAAGAGAGAGGGUGCUGAAGAGGAGGAGGAGGAUGAAGACCCUGUAGAGGACCUGCUGAAGCCUGGUCACCUUGCUCAUCUCCUGGAGGAGGAGCUGGAAGCCGAGGUGGAGGCUCUGUGUGUAGGAGAUGUUAGUGCCAGCCUGGAGAGCCUGCUGAGCAGCCUGAGGACACACAGAGACGCUUGUCAACCACAACAGCUCCAGGAGGUGAACAGGGCGUGCAGGAUGUUGGUGCGUUUGGAGCCUCUGCUUUGGAUUUACUCUGACUUGGUGCGUUACUAUCUGGCUGUGUCACUGGGAGCACACAGGAGCACAGGCAAACUGCUGUCUGUACUGGCCAGCAUCUUCACCGAGCUUGCGCAGAAGGGUUUCUGCCUUCCUCAGGAGCUGAUGGACGGUGGCGAUGGAGAAUGUGCCACAGAGUUUCACAACUAUGAGGGUGGUGGUAUAGGAGAGGGCGAGGGCACCAAAGACGUCAGUGACAAGAUUGAGAAUGAAGAUCAGGUGGAGGACACCUUUCAGGAAGGCCAGGAAAAGGAAGAACAACAGGAUAAAGGGAAUAUCAAGGCAGAAGACAACGCAAUUGAAAUGUCAGAGGACUUUGAAGGCCAGAUGCAUGACGGGGAUGAGAAUGAACCAGAUGACGAUCGUGAAUCAGAUAAACAGGAUGAGGAGGAGCUGGACAAAAAGAUGGGCAAUGUGGGUGAAGGCCAGACGAAUACUCUGGAUGAGAGAAUGUGGGGGGAUGAUGAGGAUGAUCCGGAUGAGGAAGGAAGUGACAACGAGGAACAGUCUGGCCAGGGCAUGGACCAGGAUGAAUCAGAGCUGGUUGCCAAAGAUGACAACUUGGAUGCUGCAGACCCCAACAAAGACAAGAAAAACCAGGACAAAGAAGAACAGAUGGAUGAGGAGGAGAAAGAGGAGAUAAAUGAAAAAGGAGAUGAGAGGGAGUUUGAUGAGAAUGAAGUGGAUCCCUACCACAGUCAGCAGGGCAAGAGACCUGAGCCUGAGGUCAUGGAUCUGCCCAAAGAUCUCAAUCUGGACCAGGAUGAUGAAGCUGGAGACGAUGGAGAGGGCGAGUGUGACAAGGAAAAUCCCUUCGACAUUGAUGAGAAAGCCUUGGACCUGGAUGAGAAGGAGGAUGGACAGAAAGAUGGAGGGGAGGAGCAGGGACCAGAGGAGAUGCAGGAGGACCAGACAGACCACCCAGGAGAGGGGAAGGAUCAGGAGCCCAAGACUGAAGAGGAGGAGGAGGGAGAAGGAGAGAAAGCAGAAGGAGAUGAGGGAGACGAGGAGUCUGCUGAGAAAGAUGAAGAGGAUGAGACGAGGGAGAGCAGAGGACAGGAGGCAGGAGGAGAUGAAGAUCUGACUGUUCCAGAUGACAAAGGAUACAAGACCAGACCAGAGGAUAAAGAGGAGGAAGGAAGGGUCGAGGAUGAGGAACAGCCAGAGUCAGCUGAUAGGAAGGAACAUGACACAGAUGGUCAGACUGGAGAGGAGAAUGUCCAGAGUGAUACAGCUGUGGAGCUGGCUGGAGAGGCAUCAGAGAGAGACCAAGCUAAAGAGGAGCAUGGGAGUGGGGCAGCUGAUGCCAGCCAAUCAGAGGGCCACCAGUCAAAGCUGACAGCAAGAAUGGCUUCACAGACACAGACUCAGAGCAAGACUCAGAGCUUCAAGAGAAAACCUGGUCAGGCGGACAAUGAGCGAUCGACAGGCGACUACAAUGAGCAUGUAAACAAGCGUCUGCGUAUAGUGGAGAGCAGUAAGGAUAGAACUGCAGACAGCAUGCAGAGUGACACCCAGCAAGAGUCAGACCUAUACGAACACAUCAAACAGGGAGAGACAGCCUACGACACUCAGACAUAUGAUGUGGCCAGUGCAGACCAGCAGAAAGCAGAAAGGGCUCAGCAGGACCAGGAUUACGAUCAGAAAAUUGAGGAUGUUGCCAUGGAAACAGAGGACCAGGAAGACGACCUCCAAGCUGCUGAGGUCCAGGAACUCAAGCCUGAGCAGCUGGACUCUACUAAGGCCGCUCAGAAAGUUGUUGACAGUGGAGAGAUGGAGGUGGAGAGGCAGGGAGAGGAGGAGGAUCAGGACAGAUGGAAGGAGCGACAACAUCCCAGAGAAGAAGAGCGAGCAGAGAGAAGUACAGAAUCCACUAUUCACACUGUUCCUGACCUGCUGUUGGACACCAUGCAGAAAGCUGAGAGAGACCCAGAAGUGAUCAGGAGAGAGAUGGAGCUGCAGCUGGAAGCCUGGCCCAAACUGGCUCCAGGAACUCAGCAGGAGGAGAGUGCAGCAGCUUCCAUGUGGCACCAGUACCAGACUCUGACCUCACCUCUCUCCCAGCAGCUGUGUGAGCAGCUCCGCCUCAUUCUGGAGCCCACACAGGCCACUAAACUCAAAGGUGAUUACCGUACGGGGAAGCGUCUGAACAUGAGGAAGGUGAUCCCCUACAUCGCCAGUCAGUUCCGUAAAGACAAGAUCUGGCUGAGGAGGACCAAGCCCAGCAAAAGAGAGUACCACAUCUGUCUGGCUGUGGACGACUCCUCCAGCAUGGUGGACAACCACUCCAAACAGCUCGCGUUUGAAUCACUGUCAGUGAUCAUCAAUGCUCUCACUCUACUGGAAGUCGGACAGGUGUCUGUGUGCAGUUUUGGCGAGCAAGUGCAGUUGCUCCACCCCUUCCAGCAGCAAUUCAACGAUGAGUCAGGGGCUCGGAUACUCAGACUCUGUCAGUUCCAGCAGAAGAAGACCAGAAUAGCACAGUUUUUGGAGACCUCAACCAAAAUGUUUCUUGCAGCAAAACAGCAGAUUCCAGGAUCUAUAAACUCAGACACGGCCCAGCUGCUGGUCAUCAUGUCUGACGGCAGGGGGCUUUUCCUGGAGGGGAAGGAGCGGGUAAUGGCAGCUGUGCGGGAAGCACGCAGCGCAAAUGUGUUUGUCAUCUUCGUGGUACUUGACAACCCCAACUCACGGGACUCCAUCCUUGACAUCAAGGUGCCCAUAUUCAAAGGGCCGGGAGAACUCCCAGAGAUCCGCUCCUACAUGGAAGAGUUCCCCUUCCCCUUCUAUGUCAUCCUGCGAGAUGUGAAUGCCCUGCCAGAGACCCUAAGUGACGCGCUCAGGCAGUGGUUUGAACUUGUCACGGUAGCCGACUAGUAGACCAAUGAGAAACCAUCUUUCACAGGAAGGGAGAAGUGGGCAGCAAUCAACUGCACAAUGCCACUUUUCUGCUAGCUUCUCAGCCAGAACUGGGGGGAAAAAAAGACAGAUUUGCCGCUGUACAUGUGCCUUUAUUUUCUUAUUUUUACUCUAGAUUUUAGUAGACUUUAAAAGCAACCUUUAAUGUUUUAUCUUUGUCAUCAGGGGAAGUCUCUGUUUCUUUUGUAAUGUAAUGAGGAUUGCUUCCACUUGCACGUCUCACAUGAAAUGAUAGAAGCAAAAAUGUGAUUUCAUCACCUCAGUGAAGAGUCGGUAAAUACCUCUGUCCACCGUGUACAAUACCCUCAAAAUCAUUUUUGUUUUUGUGGAUGUUAUAGUCAGUGCUACAAAGAUAAUCAAAUCAUUCAUCUUCAAUGUGUACACAACAACAGAUGUACAGGGCUGUAUUUUGUGUAACAGAACAUAAUGACCCAAUAGUAGCAUGUUGAUGUGGCAUUUGGAGGAACUCAAAAUGUGCCUUGCAGACAAAAACAGUAUUGCAUCUCACUUCAAACCUGUAUCAGCUGUUGGGGUGAUGGAUCAGAGGCAUGGCCACAGCUCUGUGAAGACUUUUAGAAAUUCAGAUCUCAUACACUUUGAAGCAUAUGGACUGUAUAUUUCCAGUUUUGAAUAAAUGCUCCAGUAUAACCAAUUUUUGUGGUUUAAAGACAACAUAUCUGCUGUGUUGAUCUUCCAUCCAUACUGUGUGACUUCUGCUAAACGAGAGCUCGGUGCUCAUCACUGAGGUAGGUGUUGAUGAAAUGUGCAUUGAAAUGUUUUAUCACCUCUGUUUUGUAACACAGACAUACAUGUAAGCAGACAUUGGCCAUAAUUAAGAGAUUGUUUCUUUAUUGCAUCCAUCUGUUAAACCUUGACAUGAAUGAUCUUGACAAUAAACAGUUUACAAGU